CGGUCGUAAAUCACGUGCGGCGGAGGUGACGGUUAGUUGUCGCGCGUUCUUCCACGAAAUCUCCAGCAACUGUCGCACGUAUUUGUCCUACCUUGCGACAAUAUUUAACCAGAACGGUCGAAAUCGUUGCUUUCUUAGUAGGUCGACAAAUAAGGGAUCACCGUGGCCGGUUGACAGACAGAUAAAGUGUUUGGUAUCUUCCGAAGGUGUCCCCGUACAUAAUAAACGCACGGGUAAACAGCUUUCGCGUAUUUUAAUCAAAGUAAUCCAAAGCAAUUAGGUAUCCCGUGAUACGUGUCUCAAACCGUCUUAUCUUAUACAUACGAUUGCAUCGUGGCAAUUGCAAAAUUCUUGUGUGUACAGAAGCGUUUCUUUUUUUUUUUCUUUCUUUUUAGUAAAUGCCGUUUUCAGGAAACGCUCGUUGGGGGCAGAGGGAGAGACCACGGGCGGUUAGGCAGACGGGGGCUGAAAGACAGACGUCGGAUAGGCGCGCAAGCCGCGAGAAAGAGGGGAAGGGUUAUAUCUUAUCUAGCCGGUAAUUACGAGCUACCGAAAACCUCUAGAUAUGCACAGGCACGGUUAAUUGCUGAUACCACGGCGACCGUCGAUCGUCCUGUUACUCUCGUGGCGACCAAUAGACGAGAGGAACCCCGUCCGUCGAGGACCAUCGAGGAGACGCUCGACUAGCGAAUCGUCGCACUGCCCGCAGAGAUUCUCGGUGGAACUCAUCGUCGAAUUCGCUUGGGCGACAAAGACGGCGAUCGAAUACCACCGAGUGUUCACCAAUGAGCGUAGCGUGCAGUGGUUGCAAACGAGGAGAAAACCGCGGAACGCGCACAAGGAAUCGACAGUGCAGCGCUUUGGCGACCGGGGUCCUCCAGACGCCCGGGUUCUAUCCGACGCCACCUGACCCGUCCACCUCCCAUCACCGCGAGACAGACGAUCUUCGCAACGUAACCAAUCACUAUGGGACUCGACUUCCUGGCAGACGGAGGUGCCGACUUCGAGCAUGCAAUCACCGUAACAGGAUUCGGAAAGUUUCAUUACAUGCUGCUGGCGGUAUGCGGCUUGAUCUACAUGGACACCGCGAUCGGGGUUACGAUACUCUCGUUCGUCUUACCGGCCGCGCAAUGCGACUUGGAGAUGGAUUCCACGUCGAAGGGGUGGCUGACGGCGUCCCCCAUGUUGGGUAUGGUGAUUGGUUCCUAUAUAUGGGGGUGCCUGGCUGACACCAAGGGGCGUAAAAUCGUAUUAAUCGCCACGUUACUGAUGGACGGUGUCGUAGGCAUCGUCUCGUCCUUCGUCCAAUACUUUUGGGUCUUUCUGGUCUUCCGUUUCUUCAACGGAUUCGCCGUUACGGGAGCUAUGGGAAUUUGUUUUCCAUAUUUAGGGGAAUUCCAGCCGACAAAGUAUCGCGAAAGAUGUCUUUGUUGGAUGGAAAUGUUCUGGACGGUCGGAGUUAUAGUAUUGCCAUUGAUCGCUUGGCUGAUCAUUCCGAUGGACUUCAUGUACGUCUCGGACACAUUUUAUUUUAAGUCGUGGAAUCUCUUCGUGGCGCUGUGCGCGCUGCCCUCGUUAAUGUUAGGCCUCUGGCUGUUCGCGUUCCCAGAGAGUCCGAAGUUCCUCCUCGAGUGCGGCGAGACGGACGCUGCUCUUGAAGUAUUCAAAUGGAUCUACGCCCAGAACACUGGGGAGAAUCCAGAAUCCUAUCCGGUGAAAUCCUUGCAAGAAAAGACGAAAGACAAGAGCAUGAGGUCGCUGAAGCUGCACAAACGCAAGGAUUUAAAGGUUCUAGUGAAAGAGGUGCGGGACCUGACGGCAGCUCUCUGCAAAUCACCGCAUCUUCGCAACACGUUACUUGCGUGCGCCAUCCAGUUUGGCCUGACCAGCAGUUACUAUACUCUGAUGGUCUGGUUUCCGGAAUUAUUCACCAGGUUCGAGCAAUUCGAAGAGCACAAUCCUGGGGAAAGUACGUCGGUGUGUAUAGUAUCGGCUCUGUCUGACAACGCAACUCUGGUCGAUCCUUACGGAUGCGACACGGAGAUCGCACCUUCCGUCUAUCUGCACACCGUGUACAUCGGCCUGGCGUGCAUUCCUGGGUCCAUCAUACUGCCGAUUUUCGUGCAUAAACUUGGCGCAAAAUUCUUCUUAAUACUGUCUCUGUUGGUUUCCGGCGCGGUGACGGUCGCCUUUUAUUACGUCGUGAACGCCACACAGAACUUGAUACUAUCCUGCGUGUUCGAGGCAUUGACAUCCCUCGGUAUCUCGUUGGUAUAUUGCGUAAUCGUCGACAUGUUCCCGACGAAUCUCAGAGUGAUGGCUGCGGCACUAUCUCUAACAAUGGGCCGAUUAGGCGCUCUCGUUGGCAAUUUGGUGUUCGGUUACCUCAUCGACUUGGCCUGCGAAGUUCCUAUAAUAUUAUUCGCAGCAUUUUUAUUCCUGUGUGGAAUCAUGUCGUUCCUGUUACCGAAGACGGGUAAAGAAACCCUCGAAUAAUCGAGGAUCAUGUCGCCACACACGCGCGCGCACAACACACACACGUGCGCGCACGCACACACCUCUCCUGACGCGAAACAACCAAAGAGAAUGUUAUCGAAAGUACGUCGAAUAACGAUCGUUUCCAUUAACACGGGAGAAACUUGUACCUAAUUGAACACUGAUACCAAAUCACAAAAUCGGUCGAAGGAAACAUUUUAAAGUUUCGAAUUGACGUCGAAUUUAGUCGCAAUCGUGCCUGACGCAUGCUUUAGAAAGACUUCCGUCACUUCUAACGGCUUGUUUAAAUUCGUGUAAAUAUGUAAGAUUUAUUCGCGGACGUGACUCGUAAACGGCACUAUUCGUUCUCGUUUCUUUCCUUUUGUAUCAUUUAAAGAAGCUCGAUAUUACGAAUGACGAGUCAAGUGAAACGUACCUUCGUUCGACGUGCACGCGUCUGAGCGUGCCGUCCGAUAGAACGAUACUUUACCUAUACGAACUUAGUAUUAAGAGAUGUUGGUUACCGUGUGUAAUCCCUUCGUUCGCUUGUAAAGGCCUGUAUUCCUGAACAUAUUCGAAUAAACAUAAUUCACAGUUA